CUCUCCCUCUGUCUGCCUGUCUGUUACAUAUGGAAGCAGAGUUUUUAAUCCAAAUGGAUUGUGCAGCAAAUUUGACAGCCAUGGAGAGGAGCAGAAACCACUGCGAGUGUGACAAAAAAAAAAACUGAAGGAUCCAAACACAGAUAAAAUUGAUGUGCUUCUCAUUUCCUUUUCCAUUCAGUUCAUUGCAGUUGGCUCUGAGAUCUUCAAGGACUGCCUUUUUCCCUGACAAGGAUCAGAGCUGACAGGAGAUGCCACCUAAAGAACACGUUUACCAAGACAGUACGGAAGCCAAAAAGGGUCAAAAGUCCAUCAGCAAAAAUCUUGGCACUCUCUGCCUGCUGCAAGCAUGAAGAAACCAUUUUCUUCAAACUCCUGAUUGAACUUUAAAUCUGAAUUCCCUGAGACAUAUGAACUGGGAAUAACUUUGGGAAAGCAGGAUGGAAAYAGGAACAUUGGGAAUAAGGAGCAUACUGAGGAUUCUGGGAUGUUUCUGCUUGUGGAUUCUGGCUGAUGCUCAAAUGAAGAUCCCACCAGAGACGGUAAAUAACCAAACUGCAUUUCUUCUGACAUACAACAACCUAAUCCACUUGAAKUUUUUUCAUCUCUUACUAUUUAAUCACUGUCUGGAKUCAGAAAUAAAAAAAAUAACUUAUAAGAGCAUAUUUUCCUUAUGGUUUGAACCAGAGAUAUUUGGGAUUACUUGUUGGGUCUCUUACAAAUACCAAAUACUCCAGAAACUAAAGGAUGUAGAAUCCAUUAUCAAGAUUACGGAGCUGAAUGGAGAUGAUUUACUGAGGGACUACUCUGAGGAAAUCGAACGAAUGUUGGGAAGUAAGAUGAAGUCUGUAAAGAGGUUAGCGGAGUCUGCAGAAGAUGCUGACCUGUACCAUGAAUACAACAGUUCACUGCAGUUUGACUAUUACAACUCCAUGCUGAUCAACACGAUGGAUGAAGACGGGAACUAUGUGGAGCUGGGCGGAGAGUUUCCGCUUGAAGAAAACGAACAUUUUAACAACCUGCCUGUGAAUACUCAACAGAGCAACAUCCAGGUUCCCACAAAUGUCUACAACAAAGAUCCCAAAUUGCUUAAUGCCAUCUACAACUCCGAGGCUUUGAAUGAUGUCUACAUUAACAACUUUCUGAGAGAUCCCACACUUACUUGGCAGUACUUUGGCAGUUCCUAUGGCUUUUUUAGAAUCUAUCCUGGUAUUAAAUGGACUCCUGACAACAAUGGUGUGGUAGCUUUUGACAGCAGAAACAGAAAUUGGUAUAUCCAGGCAGCUACAUCUCCCAAGGAUAUUAUCAUCAUGGUGGAUAUCAGUGGCAGCAUGAAGGGAUUAAAGAUGACCAUAGCCAAACASACCAUUAACACCAUCCUGGACACACUAGGAGAGAAUGAUUUUGUCAAUCUCAUUGCUGUGAGAKGCAUUUUUAACAAGUYUUCUUAUUCACAAACACACUUCUACUUUGCAAGAGAUUGAUUAGAUCACUUUAAGCUGCUGGUGGAGGAGUUGCAUGUUAAAGGUGAAGCAAAAAUAAAGAAUGCCAUGAAGGAGUCUUUUAAGAUCCUAAAUGAGGCAAGGAUGAAUGGUCAGGGCAGCAUGUGUAAUCAGGCCAUCAUGCUAAUCACAGACGGAGCCAUGGAGGACUUUGAGUCUGUCUUUGAAGAAUUUAACUGGCCAGAGCGCAGGGUUCGAGUGUUCACCUACCUGAUUGGUAGAGAGAUGACAUUUGCUCAAGCAACCAAGUGGAUCGCUUGCAACAACAAGGGUUACUACACACACAUCUCAACUCUGGCUGACGUUCAGGAGAAUGUCAUGGAGUAUCUGCAUGUGCUCAGUCGACCAAUGGUUAUCAACCAUGACCAUGACAUCAUCUGGACAGAAGCCUACAUGGACACAGUGCUUCCCAACACAAAGGAGCUUUUCUACACCAAAGCUCAGAGUCUGCUGCUGAUGACUUCAGUGGCCAUGCCAGUUUUUAGCAAGAAGAAGGAAACGCUGUCGCAUGGCAUCCUGCUGGGUGUGGUUGGCACUGAUGUUCCCCUCAUGGAGGUGAUGAAGCUGGCGCCGAGAUACAUACUGGGACCGCAUGGCUAYGCCUUCCUCCUCAACAACAAUGGGUACAUUCUGGCUCAUCCUGACCUCCGACCUCUGUAUAAAGACGGUAAGAAGCUAAAGCCAAAGCCAAAUUACAACAGUGUGGAUCUGUCAGAGGUGGAGUGGGAGGACACAGAGGAGAUGCUGAGGACACCUAUGGUGAAAGGASAGACAGGCAGUAUGACCCUGAACAUCAGAGCCUCUGUGGAUAAAGGGAAAAGACCAAUGUACCUCACCAACAACUACUUCUACACAGACAUUGCUGAAACGCCUUUCAGCUUUGGCCUGGUGCUGACCAAGGGUCACGGCAGUCUGAUGUUUACAGGAAAUGUAUCAGUGGAAGAAGGUCUGCAUGACAUGACCUCCCCUGACCUAAGCAUCGCCUCUGAGUGGACUUACUGUGAGACAGACAUCGACCCAGAUCACCGAAAAUACACCCAGCAUCAAGCGGUCAUCAGAUACCUACAGGGGAAGGAGCCUGACCUGGAGUGUGAUGAAUUGUUGCUCCAGCAGAUAUUGUUUGAUGCCGUGGUAACAGCCCCACUGGAGGCUUAUUGGAACUCAGUGAUGCUUAAUGACAGGGUGGAGCCAGGGGUUGAGACAGCUUUUCUUGGGACUCGCUCGGGCCUGAUGAGGUUAAUGAGAUAUGCAGGAACGGAGACCAGAAUGGCAAAAAAAUUCCUGACUCCAUCGGACAAAAACAACCUGUUCACCAUCGACCAUUUCCCUCUSUGGUAUCGCCUGGCCGUGGAAAACACUCCUGGGAGAUUUUUAUACUACGCUGUUAAUGACAAAGGAGUGAAGUAUGUUAUAGCAACAACAGCUGUCACCGUGUCAUCUGGAGACAAAACGGCCAUGGCUGGAGCUAUCGGGGUACAGAUGUCCUUGGAUUGGCUGGAAAAAAGGUUCUGGGCCAUUGCCAAACAGCCCAGUGACACAGAUUGCUCAAAUGUUGAGGGGGUGUGUCCUCUGAGCUGUGAAAGUGAUGACCUGAGUUGCUACCUAGUUGACAACAAUGGCUUCAUCUUGCUGUCCAAAGAGAGGAAUGACGUUGGUCGUUUCUUUGGGGAGGUGGAUGGGUCCGUCAUGGCUUCACUCAUCAAAAUGGGAAUGUUUAAAAAAGUGUCUCUGUUUGACUACCAGGCUAUGUGCAAGAACAGCCACCAUCAUGCCAGCAGUGCUCGACCUUUGCUUAGCCCGUUCUACAUGAUUUUGGCUUUGAUGAGAUGGCUCUUCUCCAACGCUUUGAUGUUUGUGCUGGACUUCAACUUCUGUGGUCUCUGGCACUCUGACUAUUUUGUAGAUGCCAAAGCCGGCUAUCACACAUCUCAUAAGCAAAAGAAAGUGGAUGCGCUGCAGCCCUGUGACACUGCAUACCCCGGCUUUAUGUAUGACUCAUCGGUCAGGGAGGCCAACAGUCUCAUCAAGUGUGGACGCUGUCAGAAGAUGUUUGUGGUGCAGCAGGUUCCUGACAGUAACUUGGUUCUGGUUGUGACACAAGCCUCCUGUGACUGCUCCCGUCAGUUUGGACCCAUCCUGCUGCAGCCAAAGGAAAUUAAAUAUAAUGCAACUGUGAAGUGCAACAGGAUGAAAUCUCAGAAGGUGCGAAGGCGUCCACAGUCCUGCCACUCCUACCACCCAAAGGAGGAUGCUAAGGACUGUGGAGGAGCAUCUGCCAUCUCCAUGUCCCUUCGUCUCUUUGCUGCAUCUCUGUUUUUCYCRGUKCUCCUUCUCCAGUUAACAUAAACCAGGGAAAAAAGAACCCAUCCACCACCRGAAGACAAGAAAACAGUUWSAAACAAGCAUUCUGUUUUUCUCUGCUACCGGUAUAUAGGACUAUUUAAUUUUUUAUUUGUAAUAUUUUUUGCUUAAUUCAAUUUAGAAUAUUUUCUGAAAUAAGUAAUAUCGGAUMAAAAAUAUAUAGAAGCAGAAACAGCAACCGAGUCUCCUGAGCUGACUCGUUGCGGGGGAAGUUGUUGCCUCCUGCUGGUCAGGUUUAAGAAGUGCAGCUUCAGCGUGCAGGUAUAUUGCCAUUGUACUAAGAGAUGUAGCAUUCUUGUAGCUUUUUCAUACAGAAAUGUUGUGUAUGCGUUGAGAUUCAUUGUAAAAAAAAGAUCUUUGUCGAAAAUAAAGAUGCACUUUUAAACAUG